AUGAACUGCCUCUCUGACUUCUUCACCUAUGAGACCACGAAGUCGGUGGUUGUGAAAAGCUGGACCAUUGGGAUCAUCAACCGGGCAGUUCAGCUUCUGAUCAUCUCCUACUUCGUUGGGUGGGUUUUCUUGCAUGAGAAGGCAUACCAGGUGCGGGACACAGCCAUCGAGUCCUCGGUGGUGACCAAGGUGAAAGGCUUUGGACGCUACGCCAACAGAAUCAUGGAUGUGUCCGAUUAUGUGACCCCGCCCCAGGGCACCUCCGUCUUCGUCAUCAUCACCAAGCUGAUAGUCACUGAGAACCAGAUGCAAGGCCUUUGUCCCGAGAGCGAGGAGAAGUUCCACUGUGUAUCAGACAGUCAGUGCCGGCCCGAGCGCUUUGCAAGCGGGGGGAUCCUCACUGGCCGCUGUGUGAACUACAGCUCGGCACUCCGCACCUGUGAGAUCCAGGGCUGGUGUCCCACUGAGGUGGACACAGUGGAAAUGCCGGUCAUGAUGGAAGCCGAGAACUUCACCAUUUUCAUCAAGAACAGCAUCCGCUUCCCCCUCUUCAGCUUUGAGAAGGGAAACCUCCUUCCCAACCUCACAGCUGAUGAUUUGAAGACGUGCCGCUUCCACCCCGACAAGGCGCCUUUCUGCCCCAUCUUGCGGGUGGGGGAUGUGGUCAGGUUUGCAGGGCAGGAUUUUGCCAAACUGGCCAGCACGGGUGGAGUCCUGGGCAUCAAGAUCGGCUGGGUGUGCGACUUGGACAAGACCUGGGACCAGUGCAUCCCCAAGUACACCUUCACCCGGCUUGAUGGCGUUUCUCAGAAGAGCAACCUCUCCCCAGGCUACAACUUCAGGUUUGCCAAGUACUUCAAGACGGAGAACGGCCAAGAGUACCGCACGCUCCUGAAGGCUUUUGGCAUCCGAUUCGACGUGCUGGUGUACGGCAACGCGGGCAAGUUCAACAUCAUCCCCACCAUCAUCAGCGCUGUGGCUGCCUUUACCUCUGUUGGAGUGGGGACUGUCCUCUGUGACAUCAUCCUGCUCAACUUCCUCAAGGGGGCUGACCAAUACAAAGCCAAGAAGUUCGAAGAGGUGAAUGAGACAACACUGAAGGUCGCAGCAUCCUCGAACCCCGUGUACCCCAGCGACCAGACCCCGGAGGAGAAGCAGUCCACAGACUCAGGGGCCUACUCCAUUGGCCACUAG